CGAGCAGCCUUCCGUCUCUGCUUUGCUUUCGAUCAACUACGCGCAUCAAUAGACCGUCUUCUGUGUGUGGAGAUACAGAGGAUCGUUGGCGGAACAACCCACAACCAGUCUCAUCGCCGCUCGCCCGGCACCGCACCGCUUCCGCUGCCUCCCGAAUGCUAAGCAUACGCCUGUAGUGGCCAACCCACAGACACAGCAGCAAUGGACCCGUGGGGUUCGUUUGAAUCGUCGCCUGCAGUGACGCAGUCUUCUUCCGCGCCUUGGAGCGCGAUUGACGACGUACUGCCGGACUGGGGCACACCCGCGCCUUCGCAAGCAUCACUCGGUUUUGGCCAGGAGAGGCAGGAGCAGCCGUCAUACUCUCAAGCCGACGCGUUCGGGCAAUCAGAAACUCUUGACUCGGCGCGAUCUGCUUCGCCUGUGAUUCCUGUCAUUGCUGAAGAUGACGAUGAUGAUGAAGAAGAGGAUCCAUGGGCGUCUUUCGUGGCUUCCCCGCCGACGGUGACUACACCUGCAGCGACUGUGCAGCAGCAAUCUGAUCUAAAACCAGACAAUCAAGAAACUACAGAUCAACCAUCCGACGACGCGAAGGACGUUGUUGAAGAUACUGCAAAGGAUGUCGCAGAUCUUGCGAUUUCGGAACAAGAAGAUGCGAAAGAUCAGACCGAGGCGGAAGCUGAAGCUACCGCGCACGCAGAGGUCGAUCCUGAGAAUAGCAAGAAUGAGCCCUCAGAACAAUCACCAGCCAACACAGAUAAGACAGAGUCAAAGGAUGACAACAAUGAUACAGAUUCAAAAGAAUCAGAGAUCAAGACAAUUGAAUCCGAGAAAUCAGCAACACCGCCAACCGAAGAGCCCUUAACAGAGACCAAUGGCACAAGCCACAAAGAACCAGAAGCAGACCUUCCAUCCACUGUCAACUACAAAAGCUCACCCGAAAUGAGUGCGGACGCGCAAUGGGGCGACAGCACCACCACCAACCACUUCUCCACCGGCGGCUUCGACCAGACCGCCGCCGACGACGACGACUCGAGUUUUGCAGCGUUUGCCGAAGCACUGCCGCCGAUCUCUGUCAAGCCGAUGACCGCCAGUAGUCCCGAGUUUGACGCCGGCGGCGGGUUUGGCGGGGACACAGGGUUGUCCUCGAACACCGGCGGGUUUGGCGAUUUCGGGACCCUGCCUGAUCCGUUUUCGGACUCGGGAAUGAACUUUUCGAAUCCGUUUGAAGCGGGCUCGCAGAAGCCGCCCGAGGCACCCACGUAUUCGGAUUUGAGCAAGAUUUUCCCGUUGGCUGAAGAUCGAGAUGAGGAUCGUGAGAAUAUUGCCUCGUUCUUUUCAGAUACACAGGCACCUCAGCCAUUACUCAACUACGGUCGAUCUCGAAAAUUGAAUGGGAUGCUGAACCGACCGAUCCGCCAAUUCUUCACUCCCGCUCCGAAAAGCAACUCACCCUCGGCCCCAUCCUCUCCCGCGUCGACAAACACCUCCCUGUCCCGCAGCCAAGCCGACGACGGCAUCAGAGUCAAAUGGAAGCGCUCUGAGAUCCAGAGCCGGGUGUACGACGUCGUCUCACAGUGGAAGGCGCAGCAGAAGGUCGCCGGUAGAUAUUUCGACUGGGAUAAUGCAGAUCAACCGCUUAGUCCGAGCAAGUACGUCGACGCCGAGUACGCGCGCAAGGGAAUGCUGGCACCGCCGCCGCGGCAAAAGCAUGGGAAUGAUAGUGCGACUGCGAUGAAAUUGCAGAACGCGUUUGGAUGGCAGACAGAUUCGUCGCGGACGCCGUCGCCUGCCAUUCAACAGCCUGCGGCCUCGAGCGGUCAGACGGACGAAUGGGGCGACUUUGCAGUGCUGGACACUGCCGCAGCUAAGCCAAAGGCUAAAACACUUACAGUUGACACAGGAGCAAAGAAGAACGGCAACCCGGCGGCGACGAGUAUGCCUGCGAUGCAACCCGUCAUGCUGCAGCCGACGGUUUUGCAUCCGACGUCGGUUGUUCCUGCACAGCCGGUUCAGAUCGUGGAUGAUGACGAUGAUUGGGGUGAACUGAUGUCGUCGCCGAAAACAUCAAAUGCUCCGCCUCUACCCACUUCCGCUAGGCCGACACCAAGUCAAUCCUCAUCGGUGGUGCACCAUCACCACCACCACUCAAACAGUCAAGGCCACAUGAACGGUGCGAUCUACGUACCUCCCCCGAAACCCUCGUCACCAACGUCGAUGUACAUGUCCUCCUCCUCGUCCUCCUCAACCUCAGAUAUCUCCGCCUCCGCCGCCGCAAAACGCGCAGUCGUCCUGUCACCCACGUUACCGACCUCCAGCGAUGCCAGACAGAAGGAAGACGCGCUGGUACGGCGGAUCAUAGACUCUGUUCCAGACAUAUCGUAUAUGUUAGCCUAGCAUGAUUUUUCUAUUUUUUCUUUAGGAAUUCGAGAGAUGUUGCAGACGCGAUUUGGUUUGUUGUACAUACGUUAUGUUAAUCCCGUGCAUUGGUGGUCUUUCCUAGCACCUUGCUUAUGUUGGGAUAGUGCGGACUGCAGUGAGAAUCAUGACAUGUUUAUAUGUAGUCUUUUGUAAUGUCAAAGUAGAAAUUAUUUGAAUAGAGUCCGGUUCUGUUGUAAUUUGCCCAAGU